GAGACCCCGUCGCGCCAUAGUGACUGUAGCCGUGGAGACAGUUACUUACCAACGGGCGCAACACUCAGUAACAGCAGCCGCAUCUGGAAGUCACCGUGCGGAGUGGGAGAAAGGGUAAAGAGAGCAGAACCAGGGAAGAACUUUUCUCAAAACAAAGCAUGCAGAGCUCAGAAGGAGGCUCAGACACCACGACCAGCGUGGCAGCGCUGCGGACAUCAUCAUCAGCUCAGGCCCCUGUGGUGCAGCCUGUGCCGGCCUCCCAACAGAGGGUGCUGGUUCAAGCUACAGGCUCAGCUCAGAAGGGAGGACAAGUACAGCAACUUUCAGUACCCAGGGUUCAACAGCAGGUGCAGCAGGUGCAACAUGUGUAUCCAUCCCAGGUCCAAUAUGUCGGAGAAGGCGCAGACGCUGUUUACACCAAUGGGACUAUCCGAACCGCCUACUCCUACAACCCUGAGGCUCAGUUGUAUGGGCAGAGCAGUGGAGGGACGUACUUUGACUCACAGGCUGGUGUGACCACGGUUGUCUCCUCUGCGGGGGGUGGGGUGCCCUCUCAUGGCAUGGUGGGCAUCGCUAUGGACGUGGGCAGCAGCCACAUAAUCUCCGGCGGAAGCACCUACCUGAUUCAUGGAGGAAGUAUGGAGGGAAGCCGCAACCACAUAUCACACGCAUCACGCUCCUCCUCCGCUAUGCUUGAAAUGGCGAUUGAAAACCUCCACAAGUCUGAAGGAAUUGCAAGUCACAAAAGCAGCCUGCUCAACAGCCAUCUGCAGUGGCUGCUGGACAACUAUGAGACAGCGGAGGGCGUGAGCCUGCCCCGGUGCUCCCUCUACAACCAUUACCUAAGGCACUGUCAGGAACAGAAACUGGAUCCGGUCAAUGCGGCCUCCUUUGGCAAGCUCAUCCGCUCGGUCUUCAUGGGCCUGCGGACUCGUCGCCUCGGUACCAGAGGCAACUCUAAGUAUCAUUACUAUGGCAUCCGGGUGAAGCCAGACUCACCGCUGAAUAGGCUGCAGGAAGACACCCAGUACAUGGCUAUGAGGCAACAGCCUGUCCAUCAGAAACAGAGAUUCAAACCUCUACAGAAGGUGGACGGUAUGUCUGACAGCCUGUGCGGGAGCUCACAGAACUGUAACAACACUCCAGAGCAGUCCGUGGCGGCUCAGAGUCAACACCACCAGCAGUACAUAGAUACGUCCCACAACUUGCCUCCUUUCCCCUCUCCUGACUUGGGCACCCAGCCUCUGCCUGAGCGCAUCAACAUGAAUGAUAUCAAGAAACUGCACACGCUCUACAGAGACCACUGUGAGGCUACUUUGGAUGUGGUAAUGAACCUCCAGUUCCACUACAUUGAGAAACUCUGGCAGACAUUUUGGUAUUCAACACCGCCAUCUAGUGACGGAAAUACAACCAUCCAGAACAGUGAUGAUGACCUGGAUGGUGUGAUCCCCAGAGAAAAGCUGGUGGCUCUGUGUAAAUAUGAACCAGUCCGACUAUGGAUGAGGAGCUGUGACCACAUCCUCUACCAGGCCCUGGUGGAGAUCCUCAUCCCUGAUGUGCUACGUCCUGUUCCCAGCACGCUCACUCAGGCCAUCCGUAACUUUGCCAAGAGUCUGGAGGGCUGGCUGACCAACGCCAUGACCAACUUUCCCCAUGAGAUUAUUCGCACCAAGGUGGCGGUGGUCAGUGCAUUUGCCCAGACGCUGAGACGUUACACCAGUCUCAACCACCUGGCCCAGGCAGCCCGCGCCGUCCUGCAGAACACCUCCCAGAUCAACCAGAUGCUCUCUGACCUCAACCGGGUGGACUUUGCUAACGUCCAGGAGCAGGCAUCAUGGGUGUGUCAGUGUGACGAGAGUGUGGUUCAGCGCCUGGAGCAGGACUUCAAGGUCACCCUGCAACAGCAGAGCUCUCUGGAUCAGUGGGCUACCUGGCUUGACAAUGUGGUCACUCAGGUCCUAAAGCCUCACCAGGGCAGCUCCAGCUUCCCCAAAGCUGCACGCCAGUUUUUGCUUAAAUGGUCCUUCUACAGCUCCAUGGUGAUCAGAGACCUGACCCUGAGGAGUGCAGCCAGUUUUGGCUCUUUCCACCUGAUUCGCCUGCUGUACGAUGAAUACAUGUUCUAUCUGGUGGAACACCGAGUGGCUCAGGCCACCGGAGAAACUCCCAUUGCUGUCAUGGGCGAGUUCAGUGACCUGACCUCUAUGAUGCCUUCACUGAUGGAAAAAGAUGCGUCCUUCUCUGAUGAGAUGAGUGACCUCGGCAGUGAUACUGAUGUGUCCCGGGGGCCGACUGAACCAGCUGUAAAAAGAGAGCGGAUCGAAAUGAGCCACCCUCUGCAGGAGAUGUGAGUUACGUCUGUGCUAAGACGGACUGAAAGCUGCAAGGAACAGCAUCUCCCCCUAAACCGGGCGAGUGGCUUUUUGGGGCUGAGCUCACAGUGUGUCCUCCUCCAGUCAGUGUGUGCAAUGUACAUAGAAGAAAGUAGCAAUGUCAGUCCCUCCCUCACUAGCAAAUUAUAUGGACGGGGAUCUUUCUCCUGGAAGCUCUCUUACUAUUAUUAUUUUCUAUUCACAGGGGUGUAACACAGGUCUAAAACGUUUUUGUUUUUGUUGCAACUGUGAAUGAUUAUGUGCAGUACCUUUUUAUUGGACGUGUAACUUUGAGUGGUGGUGUGUGGUGUUUGUGAUUCUUCUUUUUAUUUUUAUUUGAACUAGCUGUGCCAUAGUGUCAUUGGAGUGCCUUAGAUCGCUAACCUUGAAACCACCACUACCGAUGUCUAUCUGUCCCUCAGCUGUGCCUCUACCGCAGUAUGAAUGUAUCCUCUCCAAACCUCAGACAUUCAAAGCACCUUUAACAUUGGGAAGCGUGUAGGCGUGUGUACUCCCUGCUGCAGCUCGUAGCGAAACACAAACGCACAACAAAAAAUCCAACAACACCAUGCAACCUACUGACCCAAAGGACCUUUCCCUCAGUCGUCCCCCACCAGCUCAGCCACAGGCAUGGCUCUGUAGGGCCUCGGCGUCUGGCAGCAGCCAGGGAGGCAGGGAGGUCAGUCUGCUACCUGGGCUGCGUAAGACGUCGGUCCGUUUACCUCAAGAGAUUUAUAUUCCGUUUGGCUAAAAUGACAUUAGGGAAGUAUUAAAUAUGUAGCCACCGUUGCAGUUGUGUGUCUCCCAGUGUAAAUAGUUCUCUAAUAAUGGUUUCAAUCCCAUGAUGCCCCCUAACGCGAGGAUGCAUUCGGUAAGUUCAAAUAAAGUGACUCGUGUGUGCAGAACUGUGGCGGUUUACUCAACAACCACGGAGUGGGGGAAUAAAUCCAGGUCAUUCGGUUUAAUGGAGAUGGUAUGUUAAAAUUUAAACUGGAAUCUGGCGUCUCGUGUUUAGCCUUAUUUCCCGAUGAAAUAAAGUGUCUGUUUAUUUAAUCUAAGGAAGAUAAACAAAUACACGUCAGAGCGAUGGACCUGUAAAACCAAAACUCUCACACGGAAAAAGGAGCUUGUUGGCAUCUGAGGUGGCAUACGCUCCCCAGAUAUUUUGACCUCAUGCUGUUACUCAGAUUAAAGUCUUAUGUUCUGUUUAAAAUAUAUAGAAGAAUACAGUGUGUUGUUUGGAGAGUUUGUCCAUAAUACAUUUUAAAUAUAUAUAUAUAUAUAUCUUUGUAUGAUGUAGAAAGUGUGUGUUCGGUGGCCUUUUCUCUCCUCACACUGUACUUGGUCGGCCACAUUGUAUCAGAAGAAUAUCCUUUGAUGUGUAAUUGAUUAGACUGGUUUGUGUUAUAAAUUUGUUUCCGAUUUGUUCAACCUGUGAUCUUCAAUUAUUACUGUGGCGUCACUGUGCCAGAGUACGCUGUUAGACUGACAAAAUACAUUUUUAUUUAUAUGAAAGAUUCGGAUUAUUCCCCGAUUUUGUUGUAUAGCAUUGAGAAUCCUUGAGCUUGAGUUAUUUAAGGCUUUUUGUAACUUGUGCCUGUCACAGUAAUCUGCCUUCAAGUGCUUUGGAGCAUAUAAAGUAAUUUCUGUACGUACUUUGUAAUGUUUUGUAAGGCUGUUUUAGAUUUUUGGCGGAUUAUUUUUUAUUGAACUAGAUUUGGUUCUUCUUACAAGUAUACUGAACCCUUAUUUUUGUGCAUUUUCAAACCUGUUCUUGACUACACUUUAACUAUCCCAAGGAAAGAUGGUCUGUAAUAAACUGCAUAGUUCAACUGUAUUUUGUACUUGGUCACAAUGUGUAAUAAAUUGGUGUAAACCAAAA